AUGAAACCACCAAUAUUUCUUCUUAUUGUUAUUCCACGUUAUGUAUUUGCUAUUGUAAAUGUGAUUAUCGAUGUACGAUCUACAUGUGAAUCAACUGUCGAUUGUUUAUCAUAUAAUGAUGCAAAUACUGUUUGUUAUCGUGGUCAUUGUGUUCCAUGUCGUAAUUCAAGUGAAUCAUGUUCAAAUUCUGCUCAUUGUUGUAGUGGUUCACGUUGUUAUCGUCAUCAAUGUACACCACUUUAUAAAACUGGACAAACAUGUCAUCUUCAUCGAGAAUGUUUCAAUACUGAUGAUUUUUGUGUUAAUCAAAUAUGUACACGAUGUACACCAUUAUAUUCAUCAUGUUCAACAGAUCCUUCUUCAACACCCUGUUGCAUAGGAAAUGGUAUAUGUCGUUUUGGUAUUUGUCAACCAACACAAACAUAUUCAAAAUCUUGUUUAAAUACAUUUGAUUGUAGUGAUGAACUUGUGUGUCUUUCUGGUAUAUGUCAAGAUCCUUUAGAAGGUUGUUAA